AUGAAAAAACACAGAUCGCCGCAUAGGGUCUCGGAUAGCCCUAGAAGGCAAGUCCGCUCACCUGACACCAUAUAUGUGGUAGAAGCGGUAAGGAAAAUGGGCAAAUUCACCGUGGAUAGUUCCGAUCAGAGGACAUGA